CUAAAUACAUGUAUUCCCAAGUGCGGAGACAUUUAAAAGACAGCUGUUUUUAACCCAAAAUUCAAAAAUGCAACACCGGUCAACUCACUCCAGCUCUUUCCCGAGCGGCCCAUGAACUCCUUGGUCUCGGCAUUCCACAGGUACGUUUUCAAGUCGCUGAUCUUCUGGUGCAGCGUCCUUCUGGGUAAGGGCCUGCGCUUCCAGCGCUCAAAGUUGAGGUCUUCCUGCUCCAGAGGCUGAUGCUCGGCCAGCUCCUCCUGCUCCUCCUCCAGCUCCUGCCCAUGUUUGAGGAUCACCUUUGGAGGCUGGCGGAGAGAAGAGGGAAGAAGACGCUCAACGCACAUUGUCCUCAAGAAAAAAAGGAAUUCAGGAAAAUCAUAAAAAACCCUCUGGUGACCUUUGCAGCCCUCAUUGGGAGAGAUGACCUCCCCUUGAAGCAGAACCUCCUGCUUCUUCUGUCCAGAUGUUUGGACUCUUAGCCAGGACACACGCACCCCAGAGGGGACGCAAUGUGCAAGUUCCUUUAAGAGGAGGAAGAGGAAAUCCAUCAUCGUCACGGUGAUGCUGCUGAUUGUGUCCGCGCUCAUACUCAUCUUCGGCCUGGCGGCGACGACCAGGACGCAGAACAUCACAGUCGGCGGCUACUACCCGGGACUCAUUCUGGGCUUUGGCUCCUUCCUGGGAAUCAUCGGCUCUCAUUUGAUAGAGAACAAGAGGCAGAUGCUUGUGGCUUCCAUUGUCUUCAUCAGCUUUGGAGUGGUGGCUGCAUUCUGCUGUGCUAUUGUAGAUGGAGUUUUUGCUGCCAGGCACAUUGACCUGAGGCCUCUCUAUGCGGGACGCUGUGACUACCACUCAAGCGAGACAGCAUCUGACCGAGACGUGCCCUGCCAGACAUCAUCUCGCACGUCAUGUAACCUGCGUGUGAGAAGCAACACCUGUUACUGCUGCGACCUGUACAACUGUGGCAAAGAGCCUCCUCAAAUGGGACUUCAGAAUAAAGAUUUGAAAAAGUUUAAGAAACCAUCAAUGAUUUGGAACCGCGUGGAGGUGGCCGGUGGCUACCACGAGUACACCGAUGUGAAAAGCUGCCAGGAUGUGGUUCACCUCUACCACCUGCUCUGGUCGGCCACCAUCCUCAACAUCGUGGCUCUUUUCCUGGGCAUCAUCACUGCUGCUGUGCUGGGCGGCUUCAAAGACAUGACACCUUCUCAAACCUCAGAAAGUACAUCUGAACCGGAGGCCAUCACAGCCUCAGUGCCCUCGGAAGCCCCACCACCUACCAACUCUGUCCACUCCUACUACAACACUGCCCCCUGCCUGCCGCCAUACACCGCCUAUGACACACAGCAGGGAGGUUCCUAUAUGUUCGCCGACUCCUCCGGCCUGUCAGACGACUCCCAGUCUGGAGCCAGUCACCUUUGGCCCACCAUGAUCCCUCCACGCUACUCCCCGCCUCACAACCAUCCAGACGACAAGCCCCCACCGUACAGCCCCUAGAAAGGGAUCAGACGGUACCCGGUUAUGCGACGCCAUCUGAUUGCCGUCAUCCCCGAGGACCAUGUUGUGGAACCUGAGGAGGAGGAUGCCGCCAUCAAGGGGAGGCUAUCUUUUGGGUUUGAAGGCGCAAAAAGGUGCUUGCACGCUUGGCCUGCACAGCUCAAGUGAAUUGAGGAAGUUUACAAUUUCUCUGCCUUAAUGCAAACAGUCUUCCAGCACCGCAGCAUUCUGUUGUCUGGCCUCCGACGGUACACACCUGAGCAUCCUCCAUGUUUUUGAGGAGGUUGUGGAUGUGACAUGAAGUUAGCAGUUAGACUUGCUUAGUGGUUAGCGUUGUUAGCUUAUCGAGGUUAGCAGUAAGGAUGCACAAGUGGACAGGCGCUCCACAGGUAAGCAUGAUUAAAUCAUCACUUACUACCACCUUAAAGGUCCCAUAUUGUACCAUUUUCAACUAUUUAAAUUUGUCUCAGAGGUCCCACAAUAAUUGGAAGUCUAUUGGCCCAAAUAUAGCCUUGAUACUGCAGUUUAGACGGUUUAAGUGCUUUUAGUGGCCGUUUUGUGUGUCUGUAGCUUUCAUGCUAAUGGGCCACGUUUGUGCACGCCUGUCUCCAACAGCAUAGCGAUGGGAUGGGAUUCCUUUUAUGGCCUCCGCUUCUCAUGAGUCUUUUAUUGAAGUGAAUCGGGUAGGUGAUUCUCGUCACAAAGUGCAUGCACACAAACUCGUACGUGCUCCAGGCUGUGUUUUAAGAUGUGUAGCAAAGCCUCUUUUUUUUUUUUUUAAACAAAUAUCCAUUGCGGCAUCUCUUAUGGUUGUCUAUAUGUGCCCUGCGAUUGGCUGGUGACCGGUCGAGUGUGUACCCUGCCUUUCGCCUGAAGUCAGCUGGGAUAGGCUCCAGCUCACCCGACCCCAAUGAGGACAAGUGGUAUAGAAAAUGGACAGGUGGGUGGACGUCCUCCGUGAAGUUGUUGACGUAGUGUAUGCACAGGGGGUGGGCUCGUAAAGCAAGGGCCGGGUCAGAGGUAGUAUUAUAUCCAUGAGGAAGGAGGUUUUUCCUUUAUAGUGUCAUGAAAACAAAGAACUUAAAAAAACGAGCAUUUAAACUAUUCUGCUCUCAAAAGUGCAGCAAACAAGUGAGGGAGAUGAUAGAUUUUUAUCACAUUUGGUGCUCAUAAACCGGCUCUAGUGGCACAUAUUACUAUUAGAACGUCAUUAAAGAAGAUCAUUUGGCGUAAUAGGGGGGCUUUAAAGUAAACUUUCUUGACUAUUACUUAACUGAAGCCACGUCUAGUGUAAUAACGUGGACGUGAGGCAAGAUCAUGGACGUUAUUACACUGCAUACACAGUUCUACUCUCCUCACUCAGUGCUGCUGUUUCCCCUUUGUAAUUAGCAAGUUUCACUGACAGUGUGUGAGCUGUCAGAAAGCACAUUAUGGAAGAAACACGCAUGAAACCGUGAGCAGGUAGAUUUAGUCCAUGAAACUCUUUGUCCGCUGCUUUCAUUGAUCUGAUUCUCAGGGUUGCUGAGUCUCAUUUUGUCUUGCUAUUAAAGUUUGUCCAGUGCUAUCAACACAUGUGAUGUUUCUACGACAUCACCUCUCACAGUACCUCUCAUUGUUUCUCCAACAAGUCACUCAUUUGCUGACACAGAGACUUAAAGGCGUGGAAUACUUUUCAACAGUAAAAGAAUAAUUUAUUGUCAAAGACAGAAGGUACAGUUUUAUAAUAAACGUACAGCCACAUUAUAAAAAAGCAAGCUCGGCUCUACAAAAUAAGGACACAAAUAUAUACUGUACAUCACACACAACCCAAUGUUAAUCCGUUUAUUAUUGACAUGACGUAGAACGUCUGCUAUCUCUACCCAUUUACUCAACCACUACACUCAUAGACACAGUGAAAAGUCCAUUUUAAAGAGUCCAAACAUGAAGAAGCAUGAUUAAAUACUAAGUGCUAACCUUUCUGUCAAUAGUCUUAGCGUGAGUUCACUCUCCUAAUGCAGAUUUUGGAGUUGCAAAACAUUCAAACUAGGGAUGCUCCGAUGAGGGCUUUAUGCUGCCGAUGCCGAUUAUCCAGGAGUGAAAUCGGCUGAUACUGAUCACAUGGAUUCAUUAUAUAUUUCUCAAUUUAUUUAUAACCAGCGCUAUUGGCCAGGGGUGCUGUAUAAAGGGGAAAAGUCAGGACAAUUCUAAGGUCCCUUGACUGCCAGGGGACCAUAAAAAAAAGCUGAGAAAGGCUGCUCAUCUCGUCCGAUGUACUCCAAUUAUUUUUCGGGUUAUUAGCAUAGCCUUCUGUCUGCUGCCACAUAGCUGCGUUAGCUGCUGUUUGAAUGACGAUCACAUCGUGAGCCUCCAAAACUCACCAUACUCCGUCAAUUUGUUCUUCCAAUGGCGUAUUAAAGCUUUUUUGACGUGCUACCCGUCGUAAGAUUCCACACGGCAGACAUGAUUUAUUGUUUUGUAGGAGGGGAAAACGUGAUGACACUGCCCGAGGUGUUCGUUAGGUCAAGACCCUACAAUGAUCAGCGUGGAAAGCAAGUAUCAGCACGUGCCGAUCUUGUGGUUUUUCACGGAAAUCGUCCGAUACUGAUCGGUGGCCGCUCGAUCGAAGCGCCCCUAAUUAAAAGUCUUAAUACAAACUCAACAUUAAAAGCAAUACCUUCCAUGAUACCCAUAUGUGGGAUUGCCAAUAAUACAAAAAACAAUAUGUAUUUCAGAUCAUACUCAAGUGCAAAGAUGAGAAGUGUUAAUUUAACUCAAAACAGGGAAUGUUGAACGAGCAUAGCCGGUCUGCUUAAACCAGGGGUGUCCAAAGUGCGGCCCGGGGGGCUGUUUUCGGCCUGCCAGUUGUAUACUGUCUCUAAUACAAUACAAAAUUUCAGUAAUAUAACACAAAGCUAAAAUAUUAAAUUUAGCUCAGAUAGUUUAGCAUAUAUUGGUCUACACUGGAUUCGUUUUGGCAUUUUUAAAAAGUGCUGUCCAGCUUCUGCUCCAAAUACCCCCCCCAAAAAAAACCCAAAAAUAGACCACCACCACCACCACCGGCUGGCAUUACUAACAGCGGUUUAAAAGAACAUAUUGAACAAAUAAAUGUCUCUUAUUUGUUACACAGUGGAACCUUGGUUACUGGUUCGUGUACUUGUCGGUUUACAUGGAAAAUUUAGACAAAAAUAUUGCCUUAGUUCAGUGAGCUUACAAGAAUCGGCGUGCUUUGUCCCAUUAUUAAUAUACUGCGUGAGUCCAAUUGUGUUCCUAAAGUGUUUUUAAUCACAAAACAUCCCUGUCAUUGUCCCACAGCUCUGUCGCCCAUCAUCAGCAGUUGACGCUGUCAUUUUUUGCCAACUACCACAGUUAAGCCAUAACUCUCUGCUUUCCUUAGUGAUCACAGCUGCAAAAUAACACACGACGACGCAUACGGAAGUUGCAAGUGCCAGCAUUUUGAUAAAGAAGGUGAGAAACAAGAUUACAUUCGAGAUAUAAGCCGUAGCAAAACUCAAAGGUGAUGUCAAUCUCGUCCCUCACCGCUGCUGUCUCCGUCAACAAUCAAGGUAAAAGUGACAAAUGUUCAUUUAUCCCUUGCAUAUGCAUUUUCAAAAUUGUUUUUUGAGUGUAAAACUAUGAAAAAUGUUUUGUGUUCACAUUUUUGGGUGUCUGGAAUGCAUUAAUUGGAUUCCCAUUAUUUCUUAUGGGAAAAAACGAUUCCGUUACGGUACGUUUCGGUUUGAGUUGGACCCUCUGGAAAUAAUGAAUGAGGCUAACCAACGUUCUCAUUGUCAUUUGAAGUUAAAGUUUGUAGGGUUUCACUCACCGCUGUGUCGUAUAUGUACAUAUCUGUAGCAUGCGGGCAUACAUAUACAAAAGGAAUCUCAACGAAGUGACCGAAAAUUUGGAGUCAUCGUGUGGUUAUUACAGGCUACACAUUCAAUGGUAGCUAACAUUAGUAGCUAAACUUUGCCAAAUCGCUGACGACAACAAACAUAACUAAUGCACGCGCGCGUAUGUUACGUGGCGUGUGGUUUACGUGCUCGGAGCAGAAAGAGGCCGAGUUUCUAAUGACAAAACGGUAUUCAAAAGUUAGCGCCUCCCAUGCGGUACCUAAGCAAGGCAUACAGCACUUGUAAUGUAAAAAAAAAAAAAAAAAAGUAUCAAAGUGGGGCCCCGUGCUUCUCUGUAUGCGAUCCUUGGUGCAAAAAGGCUGGACACUCCUGGUUUAAACUGAACCAUAGUGUGGUUAAAAGGCUUCUGUAUGCUUUUACAUACGGUAAUGUGCAGUGCUCUGUUUUAUGUAACAGAUUCCAUGUUGUUGUAGGCAACGUGGCCUAAAGGUCAUCAAUAGUUGGGCAUCAUGUUAUCCAUCCAUAAUUAUGAACCGAUUUUGUCUCUUCCUCGUCCAUAUUUAACAAAUCAAUAUCCUUUCCUUCAAAGAUAAGGGCAACAUGGGAAGUCAUGUUUUGAGUUCUGUCAACAUUCACUCAUCUGGACCAGCAUUAGAGAAACAAGGAGUAAAGAGGAGUGACAGAAGUCCAAAGCGGGGGCCCCAGAAAAGGCACGAAUGAAUGCGAGGUCCAGCGUCUCUCAAUACGUCUCCGGAAUAGUGAAACCGUAUUCCGCCUUCCCCUGAGAAGGACGAGCGUUCAUGGGCGGCCGUCCUUGCCCGCCCAUCAGCAUUUGCUCCUGGGACUCCACAAAAAGGUUGUCCCAGUGCAGCAUUCGGUUCUGGACGGGCGGAUGGAUGACCUCCUCGUGGCGUGGUGGAACAUGGUGCACGCUGCCAUCCUCGGAAAUGAAUGGGAUGGCGGCCCCGUCCGUGGUCCACGAGUAUGGCUUCAUCUGCACCGUCUUGGCUGGCAGCAAGCGAUAGAGGUUGUCCUCGCCGUCCUCUUUGGCCUUCCUGCCACUGGGGUCCUGGUUGUGGACCUGCUUGCAGUGGUUGGACAGCAGCUGGUAGUUGAGGAAGGUCCCGCUGCACAUCAAGCACUGGUACCGCCGCUCGCCUGUGUGCUGGAUUUCAUGUUUAGUCCUGUACUCGGCCAGCGGAAAGACUUUGUCGCAGUAACGGCACGGGUACUUCUUUUCCCACGAGUGCGUGUUGAAAUGGCGGCGGAGGCUGGUGAGGCACACGUAGGGUCGCUUGCACACAACGCACACGUAGAAAGCCUUGCCGUCCAUGAUGAGCUCAUAGUGGUCGUCCAGCUCUGAUUUGGAUUUCUUCUUGUUUGGUCCGACCUUAAGGUUCUCGGGUAUUUCCGGUAUGGAUCUCUUUCCUUUGUUGGAUUUGGAGCCGCCUUCUCCUGGAUCCUCCUUCACCGGCACGAUAUCGUAGGUGUUCUCCCCGAUGUUGGCGUAAACUUUACAAUUAGGAGAAAUGGAAUCGAUUUCUGUAGCUGCAUUGAGUGUUACCGUCUUUUUGGUUGUUGUCGGUUUGACAACGUUUCUUUCCGAGAUGUCCAGCAGCCUGAUUUUAGCAUCUCCUUGUUGAGGGGAAGAGAAAACUUGCUUUUUGUGGACUCCCAGUAUGUCUGUGUUGUCCCCCAUCACCGUGCUGGUUCCACACGACUGAGAGGCACUCUGGAGCUCGGGGGUGAUGCCGCUGGUCAUGCUGGCAGUACUUCCAGAGGACACCCUGGCCAGGGAAUUUGAGUUAUUGGAGCUGCUGUCCGGACUGCGCAGAGGGCUGCUGUCAAGAAGCUUUGGAUCCCCUGCUGGAUCUGCGGGUUCUUUGCAAGGCUCCUUCUCAACUGAAUCCACCGUUUCCAAAUCAAUGACCUCCCCCGAGACUCUGGAUUUCACGUCCGUCUGCGAGACAAACAUAACGUCGUCGUCCGAGUCGGCUUCAUGAUCUGCUGGUUUGCUGAACUCCUCCGCAGAUAUUGAGAAGGACUCUGAGAUGAUAGGCAUUACCAUCUCAGAUGAUGAUUCAUCCCGGGUUUCAUCCUCCUUGGACAAACCAGGCAGACCCUUGACUUGUGAGAGGGGCGUCGCCAGCUUGGCAAUGAACUUGACCCCGAGCGUCUGCCCGGCCGAGAUGAGCUCCUCUAAUAAGUCCGAGCGUAUCCGUACGAUCUUGGAGCUGUAAAUGAAAUUAAGAAUGUGCUCAAAGAUCUCUGCUCGGAGAAAGUUCAGCUCUAUGACCUGCCCGGCCAUGACGAAAAGCUGGUGGAAAUAUGUACUUGAUGCCGACAGGAUUGUCUUGUGGGCUUGGAACUUCCUGUCUUGGAUGAUGAUGGUGACGUCGCAAAAUAAUCCGGUGUAUCGUUGCUCAUUCAUCGCUUUGAGCAAAGUGGCGGAAUACUGCGGGUCAGUUGCAGAGAUCAGCUUCAGGGUCUGCAUGGCUGCUGGGAGAGAAUGAAAACAAUCACAAUUUGUCAGUUCAAUUGGCUGGUGCAUUCAAUUGUGUCCUCUAAAUGCUUUUACACGUUUAACAGCUGCCACCAUUUCACUGCUCAACAUUUUAUGUACAGUUAUAUUAGGUUUUGUUCGUCACCGACGCAUGUGUUUUGAUCCACCUAAUUACCAACGCAAGAAGUGACGUUUGCUUUUAGUCAAGCUGUAGCAUUGAUAGGGAUAUUUUAAGACAACAUAACAUUUGUAUAUGUUAUCGGAAAGCUCAUUGUACAAUCGUAUGUUUAUAAUGCUGAUUUAUUUUCCAUAGGAACAAUAGGACAAGGCGGGCCUAGAUUAUAUGACAGCUCGUUAGCGUGUUAGAUGCUAAAAAAUGCACCACCGUUAAUGCACUCCGCUUACCGCAUAAUUGCAUGACAAAUCUUCCAAAUAUAGAAUCACAAAACGCGCUUACCUGCGCCUUUUUUGUCUUCCGUCUGCAUAAAGAGAUGAGCGUUGUUUUGUUGUUUUUUUACAGCUAAUGUGCUAGCCGCUUGGCUACACAAUGGCUAACAGCAGACGGAGCGCCACUUGUCAAAAGGAUCACCGCGCCUGCCUCUUAAUGACGAAACAGAUCCCAGCCUCCGUGUAAGACCAUUUAAUAAACGGUUUAGAUUGUGGUCAUGCUUCUUCAAAUAAAAUACAAGCACUGACGUUUUUUAACUUCAAAGU